AUGGGUCAGUUCGGAUUCCUCAACGACCUGGUGUGGAUGGACCCCAAGGCCCCGGCCGUCAGGGGAGCCAUCAGCCCCCAGGACGCCCUCAACGCCAGGAUCUUUGGCUUCCUCUGGCUCGGGUCCGUCUACGGCAUCGCCAUGAUCUGGUGGGCGCUCGCUCUCCUGGCCCGCUGGGAUCGCUCCAGGGAGACGGGCGCCGGCUCCGUCCUGCUCGCCUUCAUCCUCAGCACCGCCUGGCCCGUCGUCAUGGUCUACCUCAUCGCCAACCCGAUAUAA